AUGGUGCAUUGGGUCGUGGACGUGGACGUGGACGUGGACGUGGUCGUGGUCGUGGACGUGGUCGUAGACGUGGACGUGGUCGUCCACAACGUGGAUGUGGACGUGGACGUGAACAUGGACGUAGUCGUGGACGUGGAGGUGGACAUGGACGUGGACGUGGACGUUGACGUGGUCGUGGACGUGGUCGUGGUCAUGGAGGACGUGGACGUGGACGUGGACGUGGACAUGGACGUGGACGUGGUCGUGGACGUGGACGUGGACGUGGACUUGGACGUGGACGUGGACAUGGACGUGGACGUGGUCGUGGACGUGGACGUGGACGUGGUCGUGGACGUGGACGUGGUCGUGGACGUUGUCGUGGACGUGGUCGUGGACGUGGACGUGGUCGUGGACGUGGAUGUGGACGUGGACGUGGACGUGGACGUGGACGUGGUCGUGGACGUGGAUGUGGACGUGGACGUGGACGUGGACGUGGACGUGGACGUGGUCGUGGACGUGGAGGACUUGGACGUGGACAUGGACGUGGACGUGGACGUGGACGUGGACCUGGAGAUGGUCGUGGACGUGGACGUGGUCGUGGACGUAGAUGUGGACCUGGACGUGGACGUGGACGUGGACGUGGUCGACUUGGACGUGGACAUGGACGUGGACGUGGACGUGGACCUGGAGGUGGUCGUGGACGUGGACGUGGUCGUGGACGUAGAUGUGGACCUGGAGGUGGACGUGGACGUGGACCUGGACGUGGACGUCGACGUGGACCUGGACGUGGACGUGGACGUGGACCUGGACGUGGACGUGGAUGUGGACGUGGUCGACGUGGACGUGGACGUGGACCUGGGCGUGGACGUGGACGUGGACGUGGACGUGGACCUGGACUUCAACGUGGACUUGGUCGACUUGGACGUGGACGUGGACGUGGUCGUGGACGUGGACGCGGACCUGGACGUGGACGUGGUCGUGGACGUGGUCGUGGUCGUGGACGUGGAGGACGUGGUCGUGGACGUGGACGUGGACGUGGACGUGGACGUGGUCGUGGUCGUGGACGUGGUCGUAGACGUGGACGUGGUCGUCCACGACGUGGACGUGGACGUGGACAUGGACGUGGUCGUGGACGUGGAGGACUUGGACGUGGACGUGGAUGUGGACGUGGACCUGGACGUGGACGUGGACGUGGUCGUGGACGUGGACGUGGUCGUGGAGGACGUGGACGUGGACGUGGACGUUGUCUUGGACGUGGACGUGGACGUGGACGUGGACGUGGACGUGGACGUGGACAUGGACGUGGACGUGGACGUGGACGUGGACGUGGACGUGGACGUGGACGUUGUCUUGGACGUGGACGUGGACGUGGACGUGGACGUGGACGUGGACAUGGACGUGGACAUGGACGUGGACGUGGACGUGGAGGACUUGGACGUAGACAUGGACGUGGACGUGGACGUGGACGUGGACCUGGAGGUGGUCGUGGACGUGGUCGUGGACGUGGACCUGGACGUGGACGUGGACGUGGACCUGGACGUGGACGUGGACGUGGACAUGGACUUGGAUGUGGACGUGGAUGUGGACGUGGUCGUGGACGUGGACGUGGACGUGGACGUGUUCGUGGACGUGGACGUGGACGUGGACGUCGUCGUGGACGUGGUCGUGGACGUGGACGUGGACGUGGUCGUGGACGUGGUCGUGGACGUGCACGUGGACGUGGUCGUGGACGUGGACGUGGAGGACGUGGACGUGGAGGACGUGGACGUGGACGUGGAGGACGUGGACGUAGACGUGGACGUGGAUGUAGACGUCGACGUGGACGUGGUCGUGGACAUGGAGGACUUGGACGUGGACGUGGACGUGGAAGUGGAGGACGUGGAUGUGGAGGAGGUGGACGUGGACGUGGAGGACCUGGACGUGGACGUGGACGUAGACGUGCACGUGGACGUGGUCGUGGACAUGGAGGACUUGGACGUGGACGUGGACGUGGAAGUGGAGGACGUGGAUGUUGAGGAGGUGGACGUGGACGUGGAGGACCUGGACGUGGACGUGGACGUAGACGUGCACGUGGACGUGGUCGUGGACAUGGAGGACUUGGACGUGGACGUGGACGUGGACGUGGUCGUGGACGUGGACGUGGACAUGGAGGACGUGGACGUGGACGUGGUCGUGGACGUGGACGUGGACGUGGUCGUGGACGUGGACGUGGACGUGGACUCGGACGUGGACGUGGACGUGGACGUGGACGUGGACGUGGAUGUGGACGUGGACGUUGACGUGGUCGUGGACGUGGUCGUGGUCGUGGUCGUGGACGUGGUCGUGGUCUUGGACGUGGACGUGGUCGUGGACGUGGACGUGGACGUGGACGUCGUCGUGAACGUGGAGGACUUGGACGUUGACGUGGACGUGGUCGUGGACGUGGACGCGGACCUGGACGUGGACGUGGUCAUGGACGUGGUCGUGGUCGUGGACGUGGAGGACGUGGUCGUGGACGUGGACGUGGUCGUGGUCGUGGACGUGGUCGUAGACGUGGACGUGGUCGUCCACAACGUGGACGUGGACGUGGACGUGGACAUGGACGUGGUCGUGGACGUGGAGGACUUGGACGUGGACGUGGAGGUGGACGUGGACCUGGACGUGGAUGUGGACGUGGACGUGGUCGUGGACGUGGACGUGGUCGUGGAGGACGUGGACGUGGACGUGGACGUGGACAUGGACUUGGAAGUGGUCGUGGACGUGGACGUGGACGUGGUCGUGGACGUGGUCGUGGACGUGGUCGUGGACGUGGUCGUGGACGUGGACGUGGACGUGGACUUGGACGUGGACGUGGACGUGGACGUGGACGUGGACGAGGACGUGGACGUGGACCUGGAGGUGGACGUGGACGUGGACGUGGUCGUGGACGUAGAUGUGGACGUGGUCGUGGACGUAGAUAUGGACCUGGACGUGGACGUGGACGUGGACCUGGACGUGGACAUGGACGUGGACCUGGACUUGGACGACUUGGACGUGGACGUGGUCGUGGACGUGGACGUGGUCGUGGAGGACGUGGACGUGGACGUGGACGUUGUCUUGGACGUGGACGUGGACGUGGACGUGGACGUGGACGUGGACGUGGACGUGGACGUUGUCUUGGACGUGGACGUGGACGUGGACGUGGACGUGGACGUGGACAUGGACGUGGACAUGGACGUGGACGUGGACGUGGAGGACUUGGACGUAGACAUGGACGUGGACGUGGACGUGGACGUGGACCUGGAGGUGGUCGUGGAAGUGGUCGUGGACGUGGACCUGGACGUGGACGUGGACGUGGACCUGGACGUGGACGUGGACAUGGACUUGGAUGUGGACGUGGAUGUGGACGUCGUGGACGUGGACGUGGACGUGGACGUGUUCGUGGACGUGGACGUGGACGUGGACGUGGACGUCGUCGUGGACGUGGUCGUGGACGUGGACGUGGACGUGGUCGUGGACGUGGUCGUGGACGUGCACGUGGACGUGGUCGUGGACGUGGACGUGGAGGACAUGGACGUGGAGGACGUGGACGUGGACGUGGAGGACGUGGACGUAGACGUGGACGUGGAUGUAGACGUCGACGUGGACGUGGUCGUGGACAUGGAGGACUUGGACGUGGACGUGGACGUGGAAGUGGAGGACGUGGAUGUGGAGGAGGUGGACGUGGACGUGGAGGACCUGGACGUGGACGUGGACGUAGACGUGCACGUGGACGUGGUCGUGGACAUGGAGGACUUGGACGUGGACGUGGACGUGGAAGUGGAGGACGUGGAUGUGGAGGAGGUGGACGUGGACGUGGAGGACCUGGACGUGGACGUGGACGUAGACGUGCACGUGGACGUGGUCGUGGACAUGGAGGACUUGGACGUGGACGUGGACGUGGACGUGGUCGUGGACGUGGACGUGGACAUGGAGGACGUGGACGUGGACGUGGUCGUGGACGUGGACGUGGACGUGGUCGUGGACGUGGACGUGGACGUGGACGUGGACUCGGACGUGGACGUGGAUGUGGACGUGGACGUGGACGUGGAUGUGGAUGUGGACCUUGACGUUGACGUGGUCGUGGAAGUGGUCGUGGUCGUGGUCGUGGACGUGGUCGUGGUCUUGGACGUGGACGUGGUCGUGGACGUGGACGUGGACGUCGUCGUGAACGUGGAGGACUUGGACGUUGACGUGGACGUGGUCGUGGACGUGGACGCGGACCUGGACGUGGACGUGGUCAUGGACGUGGUCGUGGUCGUGGACGUGGAGGACGUGGUCGUGGACGUGGACGUGGUCGUGGUCGUGGACGUGGUCGUAGACGUGGACGUGGUCGUCCACAACGUGGACGUGGACGUGGACGUGGACAUGGACGUGGUCGUGGACGUGGAGGACUUGGACGUGGACGUGGAGGUGGACGUGGACCUGGACGUGGAUGUGGACGUGGUCGUGGACGUGGUCGUGGACAUCGACGUGGACGUGGACGUGGACGUGGACGUGGUCGUGGACGUGGACGUCGACGUGGACGUUGACGUGGUCGUGGACGUGGUCGUGGUCAUGGUCGUGGACGUGGUCGUGGACGUGGACGUGGACGUGGACGUGGACGUAGAUGUGGACGUGGACGUAGACGUCGACGUGGACGUGGUCGUGGACAUGGAGGACUUGGACGUGGACGUGGUCGUGGACGUGGACGUGGACGUGGACGUCGUCGUGGACGUCGUCGUGGACGUGGACGUGGUCGUGGUCGUGGACGUGGUCGUAGACGUGGACGUGGUCGUCCACAACGUGGAUGUGGACGUGGACGUGAACAUGGACGUAGUCGUGGACGUGGAGGUGGACAUGGACGUGGACGUGGACGUUGACGUGGUCGUGGACGUGGUCGUGGUCAUGGAGGACGUGGACGUGGACGUGGACAUGGACGUGGACGUGGUCCUGGACGUGGACGUGGACGUGGACUUGGACGUGGACGUGGACAUGGACGUGGACGUGGUCGUGGACGUGGACGUGGACGUGGUCGUGGACGUGGACGUGGUCGUGGACGUGGUCGUGGACGUGGUCGUGGACGUGGACGUGGUCGUGGACGUGGAUGUGGACGUGGACGUGGACGUGGACGUGGACGUGGACGUGGUCGUGGACGUGGAGGACUUGGACGUGGACAUGGACGUGGACGUGGACGUGGACGUGGACCUGGAGGUGGUCGUGGACGUGGACGUGGUCGUGGACGUAGAUGUGGACCUGGACGUGGACGUGGACGUGGACGUGGUCGACUUGGACGUAGACAUGGACGUGGACGUGGACGUGGACGUGGACCUGGAGGUGGUCGUGGACGUGGACGUGGUCGUGGACGUAGAUGUGGACCUGGAGGUGGACGUGGACGUGGACCUGGACGUGGACGUCGACGUGGACCUGGACGUGGACGUGGACGUGGACCUGGACGUGGACGUGGAUGUGGACGUGGUCGACGUGGACGUGGACGUGGACCUGGUGGACGUGGUCGUGGACGUGGACGUUGACGUGGUCGUGGACGUGGUCGUGAUCGUGGUCGUGGACGUGGUCGUGGUCUUGGACGUGGACGUGGUCGUGGACGUGGACGUGGACGUGGACGUCGUCGUGAACGUGGAGGACUUGGACGUGGACGUGGACGUGGUCGUGGACGUGGACGCGGACCUGGACGUGGACGUGGUCGUGGACGUGGUCGUGGUCGUGGACGUGGAGGACGUGGUCGUGGACGUGGACGUGGACGUGGACGUGGUCGUGGUCGUGGACGUGGUCGUAGACGUGGACGUGGUCGUGGACAUGGACGUGGACGUGGACGUGGACGUGGAGGACUUGGACGUGGACGUGGAUGUGGACGUGGACCUGGACUUGGACGUGGACGUGGACGUGGUCGUGGAUGUGGACGUGGUCGUGGAGGACGUGGACGUGGACGUGGACGUUGUCUUGGACGUGGACGUGGACGUGGACGUGGACGUGGUCGUGGACGUGGAGGACUUGGACGUAGACAUGGACGUGGACGUGGACGUGGACCUGGAGGUGGUCGUGGACGUGGACGUGGUCGUGGACGUGGACCUGGACGUGGACGUGGACGUGGACCUGGACGUGGACGUGGACGUGGACAUGGACUUGGAUGUGGACGUGGAUGUGGACGUGGUCGUGGACGUGGACGUGGACGUGGACGUGUUCGUGGACGUGGACGUGGACGUGGACGUCGUCGUGGACGUGGUCGACGUGGACGAGGAGGACGUGGACGUGGACGUGGAGGACGUGGACGUAGACGUGGACGUGGAUGUAGACGUCGACGUGGACGUGGUCGUGGACAUGGAGGACUUGGACGUGGACGUGGACGUGGAAGUGGAGGACGUGGAUGUGGAUGAGGUGGACGUGGACGUGGAGGACCUGGACGUGGACGUGGACGUAGACGUGCACGUGGACGUGGUCGUGGACAUGGAGGACUUGGACGUGGACGUGGACGUGGACGUGGUCGUGGACGUGGACGUGGACAUGGAGGACGUGGACGUGGACGUGGUCGUGGACGUGGACGUGGACGUGGUCGUGGACGUGGACGUGGACGUGGACGUGGACUCGGACGUGGACGUGGACGUGGACGUGGACGUGGAUGUGGACGUGGACGUUGACGUGGUUGUGGACGUGGUCGUGGUCGUGGUCGUGGACGUGGUCGUGGUCUUGGACGUGGACGUGGUCGUGGACGUGGACGUGGACGUGGACGUCGUCGUGAACGUGGAGGACUUGGACGUUGACGAGGACGUGGUCGACGUGGUCGUGGACGUGGACGUGGUCGUGGUCAUGGACGUGGUUGUAGACGUGGACGUGGUCGUCCACAACGUGGACGUGGACGUGGACGUGGACAUGGACGUGGUCGUGGACGUGGAGGACUUGGACGUGGACGUGGAGGUGGACGUGGACCUGGACGUGGAUGUGGACGUGGACGUGGUCGUGGACGUGGACGUGGUCGUGGAGGACGUGGACGUGGACGUGGACGUGGACAUGGACUUGGACGUGGUCGUGGACGUGGACGUGGACGUGGUCGUGGACGUGGUCGUGGACGUGGACGUGGACGUGGACAUGGUCGUGGACGUGGACGUGGAGGACGUGGACGUGGAGGACGUGGACGUGGACGUGGAGGACGUGGACGUGGACGUGGACGUGGUCGUGGAGGACGUGGACGUGGACGUGGUCGUGGACGUGGACGUGGUCGUGGAGGACGUGGACGUGGACGUGGAGGACUUGGACGUGGACGUGGAGGACGUGGACAUGGACGUGGACGUGGACUUGGACGUGGACGUGGACUUGGACGUGGACGUGGACGUGGACCUGGACGUGGACGUGGACGUGGACCUGGACCUGGACCUGGACUUAGACGUGGACAUGGACGUGGUCGACUUGGACGUUGACGUGGACGUGGUCGUGGACGUGAACGCGGACCUGGACGUGGACGUGGUCAUGGACGUGGUCGUGGACGUGGAGGACGUGGUCGUGGACGUGGACGUGGACGUGGUCGUGGACGUGGUCGUAGACGUGGACGUGGUCUUCCACAACGUGGACGUGGACGUGGACAUGGACAUGGACGUGGUCGUGGACGUGGACGACUUGGACGUGGACGUGGAGGUGGACGUGGACCUGGACGUGGAUGUGGACGUGGACGUGGUCGUGGACGUGGACGUGGUCGUGGAGGACGUGGACGUGGACGUGGACGUGGACAUGGACGUGGACGUGGUCGUGGACGUGGACGUGGACGUGGUCGUGGACGUGGACGUGGACGUGGUCGUGGACGUCGACGUGGACGUGGUCGUGGACGUGGACGUGGAUGUGGACGUGGACUUGGACGUGGACGUGGACGUGGACGUGGUCGUGGACGUGGAGGACUUGGACGUGGACAUGGACGUGGACGUGGACGUGGACCUGGAGGUGGUCGUGGACGUGGUCGUGGACGUAGAUGUGGACCUGGACGUGGACGUGGACAUGGACCUGGACGUGGACGUGGACGUGGACCUGGACUUGGACGUGGAUGUGGACGUGGUCGACGUGGACGUGGAGGACGUGGACGUGGACGUGGACGUGGAGGACGUGGACGUGGAGGACGUGGACGUGGACGUGGAGGACGUGGACGUGGACGUGGACGUAGACAUCGACGUGGACGUGGUCGUGGACAUGGAGGACUUGGACGUGGACGUCGACGUGGACGUGGACGUGGAGGAUGUGGACGUGGAGGACAUGGAUGUGGACGUGGAGGACGUGGACAUGGACGUGGACGUGGACGUAGACGUGGACGUGGUCGUGGACAUGGAGGACUUGGACGUGGACGUGGACGUGGACGUGGAUGUGCUCGUGGUCGUGGACGUGGACGUGGACGUGGAAGACGUGGACGUGGACGUGGUCGUGGACGUGAACGUGGUCGUGGACGUGGACGUGGACUUGGACGUGGACGUGGACGUGGACGUGGACGUGGACGUGGACGUGGACGUGGACGUGGACGUGGAGGACGUGGACGUGGACAUGGACGUGGACAUGGACGUGGACGUGGACCUGGAGGUGGACGUGGACAUGGACCUGGACAUGGACGUGGACGUGGACCUGGACGUGGACGUGGACGUGGACCUGGACGUGGACGUGGAUGUGGACGUGGUCGACUUGGACGUGGACGUGGACGUGGUCGUGGACGUGGACGCGGACCUGGACGUGGACGUGGUCGUGGACGUGGUCGUGGUCGUGGACAUGGAGGACGUGGUCGUGGACGUGGACGUGGACGUGGUCGUGGACGUGGUCGUAGACGUGGACCUGGUCGUCCACGACGUGGACGUGGACGUGGACGUGGACGUGGACAUGGACGUGGUCGUGGACGUGGAGGACUUGGACGUGGACGUGGAUGUGGACGUGGACCUGGACCUGGACGUGGACGUGGACGUGGUCGUGGACGUGGACGUGGUCGUGGAGGACGUGGACGUGGACGUGGACUUGGACGUGGACGUGGACGUGGACGUGGUCGUGGACGUGGACGUGGACGUGGUCGUGGACGUGGACGUGGACGUGGACUUGGACGUGGACGUGGACGUGGACGUGGACGUGGUCGUGGACGUGGAGGACUUGGACGUGGACAUGGACGUGGACGUGGACGUGGACGUGGACCUGGAGGUGGUGGACGUGGACGUAGACGUGCACGUGGACGUGGUCGUGGACAUGGAGGACUUGGACGUGGACGUGGACGUGGACGUGGUCGUGGACGUGGACGUGGACAUGGAGGACGUGGACGUGGACGUGGACGUGGUCGUGGACGUGGACGUGGACAUGGAGGACUUUGACGUGGACGUGGACCUGGACGUGGACUUGGACGUGGACGUGGACGUGGACUUGGUCAUGGACGUGGACGUGGUCGUGGACGUGGACGUGGACGUGGACUUGGACGUGGACGUGGACGUGGACGUGGACGUGGACGUGGAUGUGGACGUGGACGUUGACGUGGUCGUGGACGUGGUCGUGGUCCUGGUCGUGGACGUGGUCGUGGUCUUGGACGUGGACGUGGUCGUGGACGUGGACGUGGACGUGGACGUCGUCGUGAACGUGGAGGACUUGGACAUUGACGUGGACGUGGUCGUGGACGUGGACGCGGACCUUGACGUGGACGUGGUCAUGGACGUGGUCGUGGUCGUGGACGUGGAGGACGUGGUCGUGGACGUGGACGUGGACGUGGUCGUGGUCGUGGACGUGGUCGUAGACGUGGACGUGGUCGUCCACAACGUGGACGUGGACGUGGACGUGGACAUGGACGUGGUCGUGGACGUGGAGGACUUGGACGUGGACGUGGAGGUGGACGUGGACCUGGACGUGGAUGUGGACGUGGACGUGGUCGUGGACGUGGACGUGGUCGCGGAGGACGUGGACGUGGACAUGGACGUGGACAUGGACGUGGACGUGGUCGUGGACGUGGACGUGGACGUGGUCGUGGACGUGGUCGUGGACGUGGACGUGGACGUGGACGUGGACUUGGACGUGGAUGUGGACGUGGACGUCGACGUGGUCGUGGACGUGGAGGACUUGGACGUGGACAUGGACGUGGACGUGGAGGUGGACGUGGACCUGGAGGUGGUCGUGGACGUGGACGUGGUCGUGGACGUAGAUGUGGACCUGGACGUGGACGUGGACGUGGACCUGGACGUGGACGUGGACGUGGACCUGGACUUGGACGUGGACGUGGAUGUGGACGUGGUCGUGGUCAUGGUCGUGGACGUGGUCGUGGACGUGGACGUGGUCGUGGACGUGGACGUGGACGUGGACGUCGUCGUGGACGUGGACGUGGUCGUGGACGUGGACGUGGACGUGGUUGUGGACGUGGACGUGGUUGUGGACGUGGACGUGGACGCGGACGUGGAGGACGUGGACGUGGAGGACGUAGACGUGGACGUGGAGGACGUAGACGUCGACGUGGACGUGGUCGUGGACAUGGAGGACUUGGACGUGGACGUGGACGUGGACGUGGAUGUGGAGGAUGUGGACGUGGAGGACGUGGACGUGGACGUGGAGGACGUGGACGUGGACGUGGACGUGGACGUAGACGUGGACGUGCUCGUGGACAUGGAGGACUUGGACGUGGACGUGGACGUGGAUGUGUUCGUGGUCGUGGACGUGGACGUGGACGUGGACGUGGUCGUGGACGUGGUCGUGGACGUGGACGUGGACGUGGUCGUGGAUGUGGACGUGGACUUGGACGUGGACGUGGACGUGGACGUGGACGUGGAGGACGUGGACGUGGACCUGGAGGUGGACGUGGACGUGGACCUGGAGGUGGACGUCGACGUGGACCUGGACGUGGACGUGGACGUGGACCUGGACGUGGACGUGGACGUGGAUGUGGACGUGGUCGUGGAGUGGACGUGGUCAGUGGACGUGGUCGUGGACGUGGACGUUGACGUGGUCGUGGUCGUGGACGUGGACGUGGUCGUGGUCUUGGACGUGGACGUGGUCGUGGACGUGGACGUGGACGUGGACGUGGACGUCGUCGUGAACGUGGAGGACUUGGACGUGGACGUGGACGUGGUCGUGGACGUGGACGCGGACCUGGACGUGGACGUGGUCAUGGACGUGGUCGUGGUCGUGGACGUGGAGGACGUGGUCGUGGACGUGGACGUGGACGUGGACGUGGACGUGGACGUGGUCGUGGUCGUGGACGUGGUCGUAGACGUGGACGUGGUCGUCCACGACGUGGACGUGGACGUGGACGUGGACAUGGACGUGGUCGUGGACGUGGAGGACUUGGACGUGGACGUGGAUGUGGACGUGGACCUGGACGUGGACGUGGACGUGGUCGUGGACGUGGACGUGGUCGUGGAGGAUGUGGACGUGGACGUGGACGUGGUCUUGGACGUGGACGUGGACGUGGACGUGGUCGUGGACGUGGAUGUGGACGUGGACGUGGACUUGGACGUGGACGUGGACGUGGUCGUGGACGUGGAGGACUUGGACGUGGACAUGGACGUGGACGUGGACGUGGACGUGGACUUGGAGGUGGUCGUGGACGUGGACGUGGUCGUGGACGUGGACCUGGACGUGGACGUGGACGUGGACCUGGACGUGGACGUGGACGUAGACAUAGACUUGGAUGUGGACGUGGAUGUCGUGGACUUGGACGUGGACGUGUUCGUGGACGUGGACGUGGACGUGGACGUCGUCGUGGACGUGGACGUCGUCGUUGACGUGGACGUCGUCGUGGACGUGGUCGUGGACGUGGACGUGGAGGACGUGGACGUGGAGGACGUGGACGUGGAGGACGUGGACGUGGACGUGGAGGACGUGGACGUAGACGUGGACGUGGAUGUAGACAUCUACGUGGACGUGGUCGUGGACAUGGAGGACUUGGACGUGGACGUGGACGUGGAAGUGGAGGACGUGGAUGUGGAGGAGGUGGACAUGGACGUGGAGGACCUGGACGUGGACAUGGAUGUAGACGUGCACGUGGACGUGGUCGUGGACAUGGAGGACUUGGACGUGGAAGUGGACGUGGACGUGGACGUGGUCGUGGACGUGGACGUGGACGUGGACAUGGAGGACGUGGUCGUGGUCGUGGACGUGGACGUGGACGUGGUCGUGGACGUGGAGGACUUGGACGUGGACAUGGACGUGGACGUGGACGUGGACCUGGAGGUGGUCGUGGAGGUGGACGUGGUCGUGUACGUGGACGUGGACGUGGACGUGGACGUGGACGUGGACCUGGACGUGGACGUGGACGUGGACCUGGACUUGGACGUGGACGUGGAUGACGUGGACGUGGACGUAAACGUGGACGUGGACGUGGACGUGGUCGUGGACGUGGAGGACUUGGAGGUGGACGUGGACGUGGACGUGGACGUGGUUGUGGACGUGGACGUGGUCGUGGACGUGGACGUGGACGUGGACUUGGACGUGGACGUGGACGUGGACGUCGUCGUGGACGUGGACGUGGACGUGGACGUGGACUUGGACGUGGACGUGGACGUGGACUUGGACGUGGACGCGGACCUGGACGUGGACGUGGUCGUGGACGUGGUCGUGGUCGUGGACGUGGAGGACGUGGUCGUGGACGUGGACGUGGAUGUGGACGUGGACCUGGACGUGGACGUGGUCGUGGACGUGGACGUGGAGGUGGACGUGGACGUGGUCGUGGACAUGGACGCCGACCUGGACGUGGACGUGGUCGUGGACGUGGUCGUGGACGUGGACGUGGACGUGGUUGUGGACGUGGACGUGGACUCGGACGUGGACGUGGAGGACGUGGACGUGGAGGACGUGGACGUGGACGUGGAGGACGUGGACGUGGACGUGGACGUAGACAUCGACGUGGACGUGGUCGUGGACAUGGAGGACUUGGACGUGGACGUGGACGUGGACGUGGACGUGGAGGAUGUGGACGUGGAGGACGUGGAGGACGUGGACGUGGACGUGGAGGACAUGGACGUGGACGUGGACGUGGACGUGGACGUAGACGUAGACGUAGACGUGGACGUGGUCGUGGACAUGGAGGAGUUGGACGUGGACGUGGACGUGGAUGUGUUCGUGGUCGUGGACGUGGACGUGGACGUGGAAGACGUGGACGUGGACGUGGACGUGGACGUGGUCGUGGACGUGGACGUGGGCGUGGUCGUGGACGUGGACGUGGACUUGGACGUGGACGUGGACGUGGACGUGGACGUGGACGUGGAGGACGUGGACGUGGACAUGGACGUGGACGUGGACGUGGACGUGGACCUGGAGGUGGACGUGGACGUGGACCUGGAGGUGGUCGUGGACGUGGACCUGGACGUGGACGUCGACGUGGACCUGGACGUGGACGUGGACGUGGACCUGGACGUGGAUGUGGAUGUGGACGUGGUCGACUUGGACGUGGACGUGGACGUGGUCGUGGACGUGGACGCGGACCUGGACGUGGACGUGGUCGUGGACGUGGUCGUGGUCGUGGACGUGGAGGACGUGGUCGUGGACGUGGACGUGGACGUGGACGUGGACUCGGUCGUGGUCGUGGAAAUGGUCGUAGACGUGGACGUGGUCGUCCACGACGUGGACGUGGACAUGGACGUGGACGUGGACGUGGACGUGGACGUGGACGUGGUCCUGGACGUGGACGUGGUCGUGGAGGACGUGGACGUGGACGUGGACGUGGUCUUGGACAUGGACGUGGACGUGGACAUGGUUGUGGACGUGGACGUGGUCGUGGACGUGGACGUGGUCGUGGAGGACGUGGACGUGGACGUGGACGUGUUCUUGGACGUGGACGUGGACGUGGACAUGGUCGUGGACGUGGACGUGGUCGUGGACGUGGACGUGGACGUGGACGUGGACUUGGACGUGGACGUGGACUUGGACGUGGACGUGGACGUGGACGUGGUCGGGGACGUGGAGGACUUGGACGUGGACAUGGACGUGGACGUGGAUGUGGACGUGGACCUCGAGGUGGUCGUGGACGUGGACGUGGUCGUGGACGUGGACCUGGACGUGGACGUGGACGUGGACCUGGACGUGGACGUGGACGUGGACAUGGACUUGGAUGUGGACGUGGAUGUGGACGUGGUCGUCGUGGACGUGGACGUGGACGUGGACGUGUUUGUGGACGUGGACGUGGACGUGGACGUCGUCGUGGACGUGGUCGUGGACGUGGACGUGGACGUGGUCGUGGACGUGGACGUGGUCGUGGACGUGCACGUGGACGUGGUCGUGGACGUGGACGUGGAGGACGUGGACGUGGAGGACGUGGACGUGGACGUGGAGGACGUAGACGUAGACGUGGACGUGGACGUAGACGUCGACGUGGACGUGGUCGUGGACAUGGAGGACUUGGACGUGGACGUGGACGUGGAGGACGUGGAUGUGGAGGAGGUGGACGUGGACGUGGAGGACGUGGACGUGGACGUGGACGUAGACGUGCACGUGGACGUGGUCGUGGACAUGGAGGACUUGGACGUGGAGGUGGACGUGGACGUGGACGUGGUCGUGGACAUGGACGUAGAGGACGUGGACGUGGACGUGGACGUGGACGUGGUCGUGGACGUGGACGUGGAUGUGGUCGUGGACGUGGACGUGGACGUGGACGUGGACUUGGACGUGGACGUGGACGUGGACGUGGACGUGGACGUGGUCGUGGACGUGGAGGACAUGGACGUGGACAUGGACGUGGACGUGGACGUGGACCUGGAGGUGGUCGUGGACGUGGACGUGGUCGUGGACGUGGACGUGGACCUGGACGUGGACGUGGACGUGGACCUGGACGUGGACGUGGACGUGGUGGACGUGGACGUGGUCGUGGACGUGGACGUGGACGUGGACGUUGACGUGGACGUGGUCGUGGACGUGGACGUGGAGGACGUGGACGUGGACGUGGAGGACGUGGACGUAGACGUGGACGUGGACGUAGACGUCGACGUGGACGUGGUCGUGGACAUGGAGGACUUGGACGUGGACGUGGACGUGGAGGAUGUGGAUGUGGAGGAGGUGGACGUGGACGUGGAGGACGUGGACGUGGACGUGGACGUAGACGUGCACGUGUACGUGGUCGUGGACAUGGAGGACUUGGACGUGGACGUGGACGUGGACGUGGACGUGGUCGUGGACGUGGACGUGGAGGACGUGGACGUGGACGUGGACGUGGACGUGGUCAUGGACGUGGACGUGGAUGUGGUCGUGGACGUGGACGUGGACGUGGACGUGGACGUCGUCGUGGACGUGGACGUGGACGUGGACGUGGUCGUGGACGUGGAGGACUUGGACGUGGACAUGGACGUGGACGUGGACGUGGACCUGGAGGUGGUCGUGGACGUGGACGUGGUCGUGGACGUGGACGUGGACCUGGACGUGGACGUGGACGUGGACCUGGACGUGGACGUGGACAUGGUCCUGGACUUGGACGUGGACGUGGAUGUGGACGUGGUCGUGGAGUGGACGUGGACUUGGACGUGGACUUGGACGUGGUCGUGGACGUGGACGUGGUCGUGGACGUGGACGUGGACGUGGACUUGGACGUGGACGUGGACGUGGACGUUGGACGUGGACGUGGACGUCGUCGUGGACGUGGACGUGGACGUGGGCGUGUACGUGGACGUGGACGUGGUCGUGGACGUGGACGUGGACGUGGUCGUGGACGUGGACGUGGACGUGGACGUGGACGUGGUCGUGGACGUGGACGUGGACGUGGUCGUGGACGUGGACGUGGACGUGGACGUGGACUCGGACGUGGACGUGGACGUGGACGUGGACGUGGACGUGGACGUGGAUGUGGACGUGGACGUUGACGUGGUCGUGGACGUGGUCGUGGUCGUGGUCGUGGACGUGGUCGUGGUCUUGGACGUGGACGUGGACGUGGACGUGGACUUGGACGUGGACGUGGACGUGGACCUGGACGUGGACGUGGUCGUGGACGUGGACGCGGACCUGGACAUGGACGUGGUCGUGGACGUGGUCGUGGUCGUGGACGUGGAGGACAUGGUCGUGGACGUGGACGUGGAUGUGGACGUGGACCUUGACGUGGACGUGGUCGUGGACAUGGACGUGGAGGUGGACGUGGACCUGGAUGUGGACGUGGUUGUGGACGUGGACGCGGACCUGGACGUGGACGUGGUCGUGGACGUGGUCAUGGUCGUGGACGUGGAGGACGUGGUCGUGGACGUGGACGUGGACGUGGACGUGGACGUGGUCGUGGUCGUGGACGUGGUCGUAGACGUGGACGUGGUUGUCCACGACGUGGACGUGGACGUGGACGUGGACACGGACGUGGUCGUGGACGUGGAGGACAUGGACGUGGACGUGGAUGUGGACGUGGACCUGGACGUGGACGUGGACGUGGACGUGGUCGUGGACGUGGACGUGGUCGUGGAGGACGUGGACGUGGACGUAGACGUGGACGUGGACGUGGACCUAGACGUGGACGUGGUCGUGGACAUGGAGGACUUGGACGUGGACGUGGACGUGGACGUGGACGUGGUCGUGGACGUGGACGUGGACGUGGACGUGGAGGACGUCGACGCGGACGUGGUCGACUUGGACGUGGACAUGGACGUGGACGUGGACGUGGACGUGGACCUGGAGGUGGUCGUGGACGUGGACGUGGUCGUGGACGUGGACGUGGACCUGGACGUGGACGUGGACGUGGACGUGGACCUGGACGUGGACGUGGACGUGGACCUGGACUUGGACGUGGACGUGGAUGUGGACGUGGUCAUGGAGUGGACGUGGUCAGUGGACGUGGUCGUGGACGUCGACGUGGACGUCGACGUCGACGUGGUCGUGGACGUAGACGUGGACGUUGACGUGGUCGUGGACGUGGUCGUGGUCAUGGUCGUGGACGAGGUCGUGGACGUGGACGUGGACGUGGACGUCGUCGUGGACGUGGACGUGGACGUGGACGUCGUCGUGGACGUGGUCGUGGACGUGGACGUGGACGUAGACGUGGUCGUGGACGUGGACGUGGUCGUGGACGUGCACGUGGACGUGGUCGUGGACGUGGACGUGGAGGACGUGGACGUGGAGGACGUGGACGAGGACGUGGAGGACGUGGACGUAGACGUGGACGUGGACGUAGACGUCGACGUGGACGUGGUCGUGGACAUGGAGGACUUGGACGUGGACGUGGACGUGGACGUGGAGGACGUGGAUGUGGAGGAGGUGGACGUGGACGUGGAGGACGUGGACGUGGACGUGGACGUAGACGUGCACGUGGACGUGGUCGUGGACAUGGAGGACUUGGACGUGGACGUGGACGUGGACUUGGACGUGGACGUGGACUUGGACGUGGACGUGGACGUGGACUUGGACGUGGACGUGGACGUGGACGUGGACGUGGACGUGGUCGUGGACGUGGAGGACUUGGACGUGGACAUGGACGUGGACGUGGACCUGGAGGUGGUCGUGGACGUGGUCGUGGACGUGGACGUGGACCUGGACGUGGACGUGGACGUGGACCUGGACGUGGACGUGGACGUGGUCCUGGAGUUGGACGUGGACGUGGAUGUGGACAUGGUCGACGUGGUCAUGGACGUGGACGUGGAUGUGGACGUGGACCUGGACGUGGACGUGGUCGUGGACGUGGACGUGGAGGUGGACGUGGACCUGGAUGUGGACGUGGUCGUGGACGUGGACGCGGACCUGGACGUGGACGUGGUCGUGGACGUGGUCAUGGUCGUGGACGUUGAGGACGUGGUCGUGGACGUGGACGUGGACGUGGUCGUGGUCGUGGACGUGGUCAUAGACGUGGACGUGGUCGUCCACGACGUGGACGUGGACGUGGACGUGGACAUGGACGUGGUCGUGGACGUGGAGGACUUGGACGUGGACGUGGAUGUGGACGUGGACCUGGACGUGGACGUGGACGUGGACGUGGUCGUGGACGUGGACGUGGUCGUGGAGGACGUGGACAAGGACGUGGACGUGGACGUAGACGUGGAUGUGGUCGUGGACGUGGACGUGGAGGACGUGGACGCGGACGUGGUCGUGGACGUGGACGUGGACGUGGUCGUGGACGUGGACAUGGACGUGGACGUGGACUUGGACGUGGACGUGGACAUGGGCGUGGACGUGGUCGUGGACAUGGAGGACUUGGACGUGGACAUGGACGUGGACUUGGACGUGGACGUGGACCUAGAGGUGGUCGUGGACGUGGACGUGGUCGUGGACGUGGACGUGGACCUGGACGUGGACGUGGACGUGGACCUGGACGUGGACGUGGACGUGGACGUGGACCUGGACUUGGACGUGGACGUGGAUGUGGACGUGGUCGUCGUGGACGUGGACGUGGACGUGGACGUGUUCGUCGACGUGGACGUGGACGUGGACGUCGUCGUGGACGUGGUCGUGGACGUGGACGUGGACGUGGACGUGGUCGUGGACGCGGACCUGGACGUGGACGUGGUCGUGGACGUGGUCAUGGUCGUGGACGUGGAGGACGUAGUUGUGGACGUGGACGUGGUCGUGGUCGAGGACGUGGUCGUAGACGUGGACGUGGUCGUCCACGACGUGGACGUGGACGUGGACGUGGACACGGACGUGGUCGUGGACGGGGAGGACUUGGACGUGGACGUGGAUGUGGACGUGGACCUGGACGUGGACGUGGACGUGGACGUGGUCGUGGACAUGGACGUGGUCGUGGAGGACGUGGACGUGGACGUAGACGUGGACGUGGACGUGGACCUAGACGUGGACGUGGUCGUGGACAUGGAGGACUUGGACGUGGACGUGGACGUGGACGUGGACGUGGUCGUGGACGUGGACGUGGACGUGGACGUGGAGGACGUGGACGCGGACGUGGUCGUGGACGUGGACGUGGACGAGGUCGUGGACGUGGACGUGGACGUGGACGUGGACGUGGACUUGGACGUGGACGUGGACGUGGGCGUGGACGUGGUUGUGGACGUGGACGUGGACGUGGACCUGGAGGUGGUCGUGGACGUGGACGUGGUCGUGGACGUGGACGUGGACCUGGACGUGGACAUGGACGUGGACGUGGACCUGGACGUGGACGUGGACGUGGACCUGGACUUGGACGUGGACGUGGAUGUGGACGUGGUCAUGGAGUGGACGUGGUCAGUGGACGUGGUCGUGGACGUCGACGUGGACGUGGACAUCGACGUGGUCGUGGACGUAGACGUGGACGUUGACGUGGUCGUGGACGUGGUCGUGGUCAUGGUCGUGGACGAGGUCGUGGACGUGGACGUGGACGUGGACGUCGUCGUGGACGUGGACGUGGACGUGGACGUCGUCGUGGACGUGGUCGUGGACGUGGACGUGGACGUAGACGUGGUCGUGGACGUGGACGUGGUCGUGGACGUGCACGUGGACGUGGUCGUGGACGUGGACGUGGAGGACGUGGACGUGGAGGACGUGGACGAGGACGUGGAGGACGUGGACGUAGACGUGGACGUGGACGUAGACGUCGACGUGGACGUGGUCGUGGACAUGGAGGACUUGGACGUGGACGUGGACGUGGACGUGGAGGACGUGGAUGUGGAGGAGGUGGACGUGGACGUGGAGGACGUGGACGUGGACGUGGACGUAGACGUGCACGUGGACGUGGUCGUGGACAUGGAGGACUUGGACGUGGACGUGGACGUGGACUUGGACGUGGACGUGGACUUGGACGUGGACGUGGACGUGGACUUGGACGUGGACGUGGACCUGGAGGUGGUCGUGGACGUGGACGUGGUCGUGGACGUGGACGUGGACCUGGACGUGGACGUGGACGUGGACCUGGACGUGGACGUGGACGUGGUCCUGGAGUUGGACGUGGACGUGGAUGUGGACGUGGUCGACGUGGUCAUGGACGUGGACGUGGAUGUGGACGUGGACCUGGACGUGGACGUGGUCGUGGACGUGGACGUGGAGGUGGACGUGGACCUGGAUGUGGACGUGGUCGUGGACGUGGACGCGGACCUGGACGUGGACGUGGUCGUGGACGUGGUCAUGGUCGUGGACGUUGAGGACGUGGUCGUGGACGUGGACGUGGACGUGGUCGUGGUCGUGGACGUGGUCGUCCACGACGUGGACGUGGACGUGGACGUGGACAUGGACGUGGUCGUGGACGUGGAGGACUUGGACGUGGACGUGGAUGUGGACGUGGACCUGGACGUGGACGUGGACGUGGACGUGGUCGUGGACGUGGACGUGGUCGUGGAGGACGUGGACGUGGACGUGGACGUGGACGUAGACGUGGAUGUGGUCGUGGACGUGGACGUGGAGGACGUGGACGCGGACGUGGUCGUGGACGUGGACGUGGACGUGGACGUGGUCGUGGACGUGGACAUGGACAUGGACGUGGACUUGGACGUGGACGUGGACGUGGGCGUGGACGUGGUCGUGGACAUGGAGGACUUGGACGUGGACAUGGACGUGGACUUGGACGUGGACGUGGACCUAGAGGUGGUCGUGGACGUGGACGUGGUCGUGGACGUGGACCUGGACCUGGACGUGGACGUGGACGUGGACCUGGACGUGGACGUGGACGUGGACGUGGACCUGGACUUGGACGUGGACGUGGAUGUGGACGUGGUCGUCGUGGACGUGGACGUGGACGUGGACAUGUUCGUGGACGUGGACGUGGACGUGGACGUCGUCGUGGACGUGGUCGUGGACGUGGAUGUGGACGUGGACGUGGUCGUGGACGUGGACAUGGUCAUAGACGUGCACGUGGACGUGGUCGUGGACGUGGACGUGGAGGACGUGGACGUGGAGGACGUGGACGUGGACGUGGACGUGGAGGACGUGGACGUAGACGUGGACGUGGACGUAGACGUCGACGUGGACGUGGUCGUGGACAUGGAGGACUUGGACGUGGACGUGGACGUGGACGUAGAGGACGUGGAUGUGGAGGAGGUGGACGUGGACGUGGAGGACGUGGACGUGGACGUGGACGUAGACGUGCACGUGGACGUGGUCGUGGACAUGGAGGACUUGGACGUGGACGUGGACGUGGACUUGGACGUGGACGUGGACUUGGACGUGGACGUGGACGUGGACUUGGACGUGGACGUGGACGUGGACGUGGACGUGGUCGUGGACGUGGAGGACUUGGACGUGGACAUGGACGUGGACGUGGACGUGGACUUGGACGUGGAUGUGGACGUGGUCGUGGACGUGGUCGUGGACGUGGACGUGGACGUGGACCUGGUCGUGGACGUGGAUGUGGACGUGGAUGUUGACGUGGACGUGGUCGUGGACGUGGACGUGGACGUGGUCGUGGACGUCGACGUGGACGUGGACGUGGUCGUGGACGUGGACGUCGACGUGGACGUGGUCGUGGACGUGGACGUGGACGUUGACGUGGUCGUGGACGUGGUCGUGGUCAUGGUCGUGGACGUGGUCGUGGACGUGGUCGUGGACGUCAACGUGGACGUGGACGUGGUCGUGGACGUGGACGUGGACGUGGACGUGGACGUGGACGUUGACGUGGUCGUGGACGUGGUCGUGGUCAUGGUCGUGGACGUGGUCGUGGACGUGGACGUGGACGUGGUCGUGGACGUGGACGUGGACGUCGUCGUGGACGUGGACGUGGUCGUGGACACGGACGUGGACGUGGACGUGGUCGUGGACGUGGACGUGGUCGUGGACGUGGACGUGGUCGUGGACGUGGACGUGGUCGUGGAGGACGUGGACGUGGACGUAAACGUGGACGUGGACGUGGUCGUGGACGUGGAGGACUUGAAGGUGGACGUGGACGUGGACGUGGACGUGGUCGUGGACGUGGACGUGGUCGUGGAAAUGGACGUGGACGUGGACUUGGACGUGGACGUGGACGUGGACGUGGACGUGGAAGUCGUCGUGGACGUGGACGUAGACGUGGGCGUGUACGUGGACGUGGACGUGGACGUGGACGUGGACGUGGACGUGGACUUGGACGUGGACGUGGACGUGGACCUGGACCUGGACGUGGUCGUGGACGUGGACGCGGACCUGGACGUGGACGUGGUCGUGGACGUGGACGUGGACGUGGAGGACGUGGUCGUGGACGUGGACGUGGUCGUGGACGUGGAGGACGUGGUCGUGGACGUGGACGUGGUCGUGGUCGUGGACGUGGUCGUGGACGUGGACGUGGACGUGGACGUGGUCGUGGACGUGGUCGUGGACGUGGUCGUGGACGUGGUCGUGGUCGUGGUCGUGGUCGUGAACGUGGUCGUAGACGUGGACGUGGUCGUCCACGACGUGGACGUGGACGUGGACGUGGACAUGGACGUGGUCGUAGACGUGGAGGACUUGGACGUGGACGUGGAUGUGGACGUGGACCUGGACGUGGACGUGGACGUGGACGAGGUCGUGGAGGACGUGGACGUGGACGUGGACUUGGACGUGGACGUGGACUUGGACGUGGACGUGGACGUGGACUUGGACGUGGACGUGGACGUGGACGUGGUCGUGGACGUGGAGGACUUGGACGUGGACAUGGACGUGGACGUGGACCUGGAGGUGGUCGUGGACGUGGACGUGGUCGUGGACGUGGACGUGGACCUGGACGUGGACGUGGACGUGGACCUAGACGUGGACGUGGACGUGGUCCUGGAGUUGGACGUGGACGUGGAUGUGGACGUGGUCGUGGAGUGGACGUGGUCGUGGACGUCGACGUGGACGUGGACGUGGUCGUGGACGUGGACGUGGACGUGGACGUUGACGUGGACGUGGUCGUGGUCGUAG